GAAACAGCCUCUGUGGAGACGGACUUUGAAGCUGCAGCUCCGUGUUCAAUGGUCUCUUCCUCCUCCAGGUUCCGCUUAAUUUGGCGUCAUUUUGUCAACAGUAAGAUGGGAGACAUGACCACCAAAGCCCAGAUGCCAACACCAGAGGCGGCUUUACCUGGCCGAACUGAGAACAGCAUUAAAGUAUCCGAGAAACACGACGUGAACGGAAACAGGACCGUUCCACCGUUUCCAGACGGCACACAGAUGGUCAUGUUUGGCAUGGGUUGUUUCUGGGGAGCAGAGAGGAAGUUCUGGAGACAGAAAGGAGUUUAUUCCACCCAAGUGGGCUACUCCGGAGGCUACACACCUAACCCCACCUACAAGGAAGUGUGCACAGGCAGGACGGGACACGCUGAGGUGGUGCGAGUCGUUUUCUCUCCAGAACAGAUCGGCUUCGCCCAGCUCCUCGAAAUCUUCUGGGAGAGCCACAACCCGACUCAAGGCAUGCGUCAGGGGAACGACAUCGGGACAACGUACCGCUCUGCCAUCUACACCUUCACCCAGCAGCAGCUGCAGGAAGCACUGGCCUCCAAAGAUCAGUAUCAGAAGGUUCUUACAGACGAAGGAUUUGGCCCAAUCACGACAGAAAUCACUGAAGCCAAACCGUUCUACUACGCCGAGGACUACCACCAGCAGUACCUGAGUAAAAACCCAGACGGGUACUGUGGACUGGGAGGAACCGGAGUCACCUGUCCAGGACUCAACAAGAAGGUCUAAAGAGGAACCAGUCAUGAGUCUAAUGCAGUCGUUUGAAAAAGCUUUUUAACGCAUGAAAUAAAACCGUGCAGUGCGCUGCUCGUCUGCAGGAUUCAUUACUGUGGAUUUAAUCGUUGUAAAUAAUUAAUCCGUAAAAUCUCACACAGAUCGGCACAUUUACUGAAAAAAAGAGCAAAAGUCGCCAAAGAUUCUUUAGGUUUUCCUCAGUAAUCUGUUUUACCAGCAGUUUGUGGCUAAAAGCGAAUACCGUAGUUUUCGCUGUGUAAGUUGCAAGGUUUUUUUCAUAAAUUACCAUGUCUGUCACUUAUGCAGUGAAGUGAUAUAUUAAUGUUUUUCCCCAUAUUUAUGAACCAAUUUU